UGGAGUUCUCGCGAGAGCGGGGCGGGCUGAAAGAUGGCGGCGGUUGGGGAGGCGGGAGCGGCGGCGGCGGCCGGAGCGGCGGAGGAGGCGCCGGCCGGGCCCCGGGCAGCUGCCGGCUGCGGCAGUGAUUCUGCAAUGGCAGAUGUAACUGUUAACAUGAAUACAGAGACGUCUGGUUGUAAAGAUAUUGAGGUACCCGCUGACAGCACUGAAGUCACUGAUAACCAGCAGACAGGGACAGUAGAGGAGGAAUCUGUGCGGCAUCUUGGUGGAGUGGAGCUCCAGUGUGGGAUCUGUGUAAAGUGGUUUUCAGCAGACACAUUUGGCCUUGAUACCACCUCAUGCCUUCCGUUCAUGACCAACUAUAUUUUUCACUGCAACCUGUGUCACCACAGUGGGAACACCUACUUCCUCCGAAAACAAGCAAACUUGAAGGAAAUGUGCCUCACGGGUCUUGCUAAUUUGACCUGGCGUUCCCGAACUCAGGACGAACAUCCCAAGACCAUGUUUUCAAAGGAUAAGGAUAUCAUACCUUUUAUCGACAAGUACUGGGAAUGUUUGACUACCCGACAGAGACCUAGCAAAAUCACUUGGCCAAACAACAUCGUGAAGACAAUGACCAAAGAGCGGGAUGUGUUUCUAGUGAAGGAGAACCCGGAUCCUGGCAGCAAAGAUCCACAGGAGGAUUACCCCAAGUUUGGAUUACUAGACCAGGAUCUUUCUAACAUUGGCCCAGCAUAUGACACACAGAAACAAGGUGGAUCCUUAACUCCAGGAAGCACCCUCAAUGGUGGACCUUCAUUUGGAGGGCAACCCAGCGGUGCAGCGGGCAGUGACGCGACUGGGGGUCGCACCCGUGACUCCACACAAGGUGGCUCUGUUGGAGGGAGUGGAAAAGGAAGAGGAGCAAAACGUAAACAGGAUGGCACUUCAGGAGGGGCUGCCAAGAGGACCCGAAGUGACCCACUGUUUGCUGCUCAGCGACUGCCCCCACAUGGCUAUCCCCUGGAACAUCCGUUCAAUAAGGAUGGAUAUCGGUAUAUCCUGGCUGAGCCUGAUCCCCAUGCACCAGACCCAGAGAAACUUGAACUAGACUGCUGGGCUGGUAAACCCAUCCCUGGGGAUCUUUACCGGGCUUGCCUCUAUGAAAAGGUUCUCCUGGCACUCCACGAUCGAGCCCCUCAGUUGAAGAUCUCAGAUGACCGGCUGACUGUGACAGGAGAGAAAGGUUACUCCAUGGUGCGAGCAUCUCAUGGAAUCCGGAAAGGAGGCUGGUACUUCGAGAUCACAGUGGAUGAAAUGCCCACAGAGACAGCUGCAAGACUUGGCUGGUCACAGCCCUUAGGCAAUCUCCAGGCACCCUUGGGCUAUGACAAGUUCAGUUACUCUUGGCGCAGUAAGAAGGGGACCAAGUUCCAUCAGUCAAUAGGCAGACACUAUUCUGAAGGCUAUGGGCAAGGAGAUGUUCUUGGGUUUUACCUCUACCUUCCUGAGGACACAGAGGCUGCCCGGGCACUGCCAGACACUUAUAAAGACAAGGCUUUGAUUAAAUUCAAGAGCUACUUGUACUUUGAGGAGAAAGAUUUUGUGGACAAAGCCGAGAAAAGUCUCAAACCAGCAGCAGGUAGCAAGAUGAUAUUUUACAAGAAUGGAGAGAAUGCGGGAACUGCCUUUGAAGAUGUGUAUGCUGGUGUGUAUCAUCCAGCAAUUUCUUUGUACAAGAACUGCACAGUGUCAAUCAACUUUGGACCAAAUUUCAAGUAUCCUCCAAAAGACAUUCCAUUCAAACCAAUCAGUGACAUGGGCUGGUAUGCUGUGGUUGAGCACACACUGGCAGAUGUCCUUUACCAUGCUGAAGGAGAGGUAGAUGGCAGGCGAAGCCCUCCGUGGGAGCCAUAACUCUCUUGUCACUAAGAAACAAACUUGAGAAUUAUUUAAUGAUGUGCUGGUCAGCUGAAGUUAAUAGAAGAGGUUCUUCAACCAAGAGCCAUCAUAUUUGGAUCAUACAUCAGUGGUACAGUUCAGGACUGUUUCGGUGUGCGUGGAUUUAGCAGAGCUGAUCCCAGUGUUAACCUUAACCAUACUGCCAGAUGUCAUUGAUCUCCAUACACAUGUAAGUUGUGAGGUAUACAGUUGUCAAUUUCAUACCUGGUGCAUUAACUCCUGUUUCCCCAAUAACCCAGUGCAAUCAUCUGGUCACAUGAUUGCUUCCGUAAGACGCAUUUCCUUUAUAUUGAGAUGGAAUCUUCAACCCUAAGUAACAAUAGAAAUGAUGGCAUAUUCUCAAUAGGUCCUGCAUUUCUGUAUUUUGGAUUGAUGACUUUGGUACUUAAACCAACUGAAGCUGCUGCUUCAUGGAAUCCUAACCAUCAAUUAACUGCUAAACUUCAGAUUGGUACUGAACCAAAAUAAAGAUAUGAAGGAAGGUUACUCAACACUUGAAGUUGGAUUCCACACUGCAGACCAUUGUUGCGCUUUGUGAAUUGUAAAUGUGUGUAGAAACUGUGCUGGAAUAAUGGGUUCACGGAAGGAGUCUCUCAGAAAUGGGUGCACAAAAUGUAGCCCUGCAUUUGGAUGUCAUUUAUCCAUUAUGGAAGCCAAAAUUGAUGUCUCUAUAUUUGUGAUUUGUGAUUAUACCACAUGUUGUUCUCUCAAUUUUGGUUGUAAGCUUUGUUCACUUUCUUUUCGCUGGUAAAUUGUGCCAGCAAUUUCUGUUUUCAGUCAUUGAUUUAUAUAUCAAACUUUUUUAAUUUGUCUCUUUCCAGUAUUAUUUUCAGCUUCUAAUGUCAUAACUUUUCCCAACUUCAACCUAAAUUAAUACUGAUAUCAAAGAUAGCCCAAACUUUCAAAUUGGUUGAUGAUUGAUAUUUAAGGAGUCAUUCCAUUUCAUUCCACACUUUGAGAAAAUUAACUUCAGCUUUGGUUGUAAUAAACAGUUCUGAUGCCACUCGCCGUUGGAAUAUGUGAACAUGCCAUUCCUCAAUUGUACUUGCAGCUUAUUUCUUGGUUUGUCUAUAUUUUUCUGCCAGUUCAUUCUGGGUACCACAGCUCGUCCUAGUGUUGUUCUAGGAGGGUGGGGAAAUAUCAACCAGUUGGAGUUGAUGGUGAUGCAAAGAAGUUGGUGGUAAUGUGUAAUACUGUUGACCCAGUGGUGGCAGUUGUAAGUGUGAAUGCUCAGAUUCAAGUGCCAUUGUGUUUUACAUUGUGUAUUUUAAUUGUAAAUAAAUCUGACUUGUAUUUUCAGUCUGUGGAGUGUCUUCCUCUGAGGAUUUGGAGAAUCUUCAUCUCACUGUUAUCAAUGGACUCUAAAUGUAUGUUUGACCAAAAUAAUGCAGAAUAGAGAGUACAUUAACACAACCACAGGUGUAUGGGGAGGAUUGCUGUGGAUAACCAUGUUUGAAUUAGCUCCAGAAUGUCCAGGCUCUAAGCCAGGGUGUCAGAAAUGGUGAGGAUCUUGGUCAUGAGAAGAGGUUGUUUGAGGUGUAUAUGCUUCAGGGGUAAAUGAUAGCCUGCUUAACGUCCAGGGAGAUGGGAAGUGGUGUGUGAAGACUGAUGAGGGAAUUGUCCACAGCUGGACAUGUUGACAGAAGGGAACAGAAUGGUUUGUGUGAUGCGGUCAUGUGAAGUAGAUGUGCACAGUGCUGAUGGAAACCAAAUCUAGAAUGAGAGCAAUACAGGUAAAUGUGGGAGAAGUAACAGAAUAGAACAAGAGAUUGCUGUGGGCUUAAUGCAAAGAAUCCUGCAAAAAGGAAGGAUAGAGCUGGUUGAGGUACAUUGCUUGAUGUGAACAGGAAGGCACUGAGUUGUAUUUCUGUUCUGUGCUCAGUCAUCUAAUCUCUGCCAUCUCUGGAGCUGGGUAUAUGUGGGGCAGAGAGGAGGCUUUCAAAGUGAAACCUUGCUGCUUAUGAUUUUUUUUUCCAAGUUCAAGCCCUUGCAGCCUGAUCACAAUGACGAAUAGUGCCGUGAGGAAAGAAAAAGGUAAAUAUUGGAAGAAUAAAUGUAAAACCUGUUGGGUAUUAAUCCAAGGUGUGCAUCAUCUCAUCUCGUGCUAUGACCACUUUGAUUAUUCUUAGCAACAAGGGCCCAGCUGAAGGUCUCCAUUGGUGGAGGAAAUGACCAAUGUGCUUUUGACUUACUUAGUCCUGCCUCCCCUCCGCCUGCCCCCAUCAUCUUGUACUGCAUCCAGUUAACCAUCUUGUAGGUCUCUGCAAUGACCCCCUCAACACCACCACAAUAAUGUUGUGAUGACUGUUAUUGUAUCUUGAUAAUGUAUCUUUGAGAAGAAAUGUCCAACUUCAUGGUGCUAGAAGUUGAAAUUUAUUUAA